AUGUUGCCCCCUGGUUCUGACCUGUAUGUCAUUUUGGGAGUCACCAAGGAAGCUACCAUCGCCGAAAUCCGAGCUGCCCAUCGCGAACGAGUGCGCAAGUGUCGUCCGGACAGAAUUCAAGAUGAAUCGCAGCGAAACGCCGCUCAGGAGGAGUUAGAGCAGGUGGAAGACGCCUAUGAAAUACUCUCCGAUGAUCAUCGACGGGUUCGAUAUGACCAGUUAGUGAGGCUGAGAGAACUUAAGCGCGAUCUGCUAGCACGUAGGCGAGAAUCGCGGCAAGAACGUACCGUGGAAGAAUCCAUGCCCAAGAAGGACUUAGAUGAAGGGAUGCGCUUUACGGAUGAGUCUCCACCUAUGCCUUGCAAACAUGACGACUUUCGCAUACAGCCCAAGCCAAAGGAAACGGGCGAUAAGGAAGAGACUCGGAAGCCCGAGUAUAGCUACCGCUCCGCUAAGGAGCCUCUGCGCAGCGAGGGCACGGGUAUUAACCAAGCAGACCUUUCCGAUAAUCAAAAUCACGAACCCCGCUGGCAAGAUUCAGUGAAGUCUGCGUAUAUGCCCUUUACGCAAUCCGACCUAGAUUCCGACUCCGUCUCUAAUAGCUCUGAGCCUUAUAUAGUCUUGGAUAAGGAGUACCCCGGCUGGUCUCGCAAUAAGCACAAUCUCUUGCUGAACUUGGCGGAAGAGCAUAUCCAACGCUGCAAGUAUGGUACCCGAAGAUCUCGGUCCACACAGCGACACUAUGGUUACGUGUCGGCGAAGACAGAGACGUCUGCUUCGCGGCCGGUUUCUCCCCAAACUGUGAUAAAAACGGAGGAAUUCGUUGAGUUUGCUUUGAGCAUUUUUAAAGAGGUAUGCAGUACGAACGAGCUUGGAUGCAUAGUUGUUGAAGUUGUCGAAAAUCUAUCAGUGGCAAAUUUGAUUCCCAUAGAUGAUGCAGGAUUGACAUCAAUUUAA